AUGACUACCUCCACCCACCUCGACCUGUACGCAGCCCAUUGGAUGGGCUCACUGAGCCCAACCUUCAACUCGCCAGACACGCGCAACUUGCUCUUAAUCGUCAUUCCCAGCGACUCUUCAUCAGGGGGCACGGCGUACAUGAUCGAAGCCACCCGGUCGCACUAUCAGCUGUGGACUGAAGCUAAUAUGGACCGAGAGCAGUUCACCAACAAGGUCCGCUAUAUUGGCACAUUCCCUGUGUCAGCUACAGAUGCGAAUGGCAUUGCGGAGGAGUGCGUCCCUCUUAUCGUGCAGCGUCUGAAAGAGGAUGGCGCUCUAAAGGGUACGCCUUUGGAACAGGUGCGUGCUUCUUUCUUGAGUGACUUUCAGCAGGUGCUUUGUGAUGAAAAGGAGCAUGGCGCUGAAUUGGCUGGGUGGUUGGUUCGAGCAGGCGCAGCCUUUAUACUAGGAUUUGCCAUUGGAGGGGGAGAGGUGCCAAGUACAUCCAAAAUGCUUCUUGGUUGUGUGCUUUGGGUGCUUGGGCUUGGGGCUGUGGGGUUGAGGCUUUAUGCUUGA